AUGGAUCCCAUCUCCUUCAACGAGACAUUCGUCAAGGAUAUCUUUGAUGAAAUCGAUGGCGCUAAUGGUAAACGUAAAGGUGUUGUUCAUGAUCGUGAAUUUGCAACUGCAACUAAUGAUGGUACAACACAAGAUAAAUGCAAUUACUCAGCUAGGGAUGAUGAUGGGUGCAUUCGUCAAAAUGAAACAAUACCUGAGCGUAGUGACUCGAUUACGGACGGAGUUUCUGCAGAGUUUGACGAUGAUGAUGUUGCGUCCUUGAGUAAUGAAAAUGAAGAACUUGUUCAUACUCUUGUACUGCAUAUGGGUUCAUUGCAGAAUGUGCAUGCUCGUGCUUGUAUUAUCAAUAUCAAGACAUGGGGCAAAACGUCUGAUGGGUUGAAAUAUUGGUUUCCUAGUGUAGAYGUAAAAUAUAAACCUAAGGUUGGUGAUUCUUUUGAGUCUGUAGAAUCGGCUAAGAAAAUGUAUCGGAAAUAUGCCAAUGAAGCUGGGUUUGAUGUACGUUUAUCUAACAAGAAGAUAAAUAAGMUUGGUCGUAUCACGUCCCGAUUUUAUGUGUGUAGUAAGGAAGGGAGGCCACAAAGUAAGUAUUUUGAUUCCUUAGAUGUUAUUCCAGGUGGUCGUACAAUCCGACAUUCAAAUAUCAAACGUUCCGGUUGUGGAGCAUGUUUAAAAAUUCACCUUGUUAAAGAACUGAACCAAUAUGAAGUUUACAAGUUCGUUGAGCAGCACAAUCACAUCCUUUUUAAUGAAGAGGAGAUGAGGUUUUCCCGUUCCAAAAGGCAACUCCACUACACUGAUCAUAAGAAUAUAUUUCAUGGUUCUAGUUCCAAGGUUGGCGUCACCAAAUCUCAUAGAUUCAUGAAAGCCGUUAAGGGUGGUGUAGAUUCAUCGGGUGGCACUGUAAGAGAUCAUCAAAACUUCAAACGCGAUAUGGCAUAUUUUGUUGGCAAUAAAGACGCACAAAUGUUAUUAAAUGUGAUGGCUAACAGGAGGAAGGUUUGUCCUGAGUUUUUUUUCGAGUACAAGUGUGAUGACAAGGAGUUGUUAGCAAUUUUUUGGGCUGAUGAGACUGCACGAUCAAAUUAUAGGGAAUUUGGCGAUGCAAUAUCAUUUGAUGCAACGUUUAGGACCAACAAGCAUGCUAUAAUAUUUGUUCCGUUCGUUGCAAUAUACAAUCAUAAGAAAUCCGUUGUUGUUGGAGCUGCAUUGAUUCAUAAUGAAUCUGUAGUUGAUUACACAUGGGUAUUAAAAGCGUUUGUAAAAGCACAUGGACGUCAACCACGUUUCGUUAUAACCGACCAAUGUGCGUCGAUGAAACAAGCAAUUYCCAUUGCAUUUCCUGAAUCCAGGCAUCGAUUGUGUAUGUGGCAUAUCACUAAAAAGGUGAAAUCGAAGAUUAGUAAUUACCUCCAACACCGCACGCAGUUCGUUAGCGAAUUUAAUAAGUUGGUGUGGAACGUUCACCUUGGUCCUAAUGAAUUUGAGAUGCAAUGGAACAAUCUGAUCGAUUUUUAUGGAUUACGUGGAGAUCCAUGGUUUGAUGAAUUGUACAAUAUUAGGGAGUCGUGGAUUCCGGCUUACUAUAAGGAUUAUCAUAUGUCAGGCCUAAUGAAAACAACAUCCACGUCAGAGAGCAUCAAUGCGUUUUUUAACGUUUAUGCACAUUUUUGGCAUGAUCUUGUUGUUUUCCUUCGUCCUUUUGAUAAUGCAAUUGAAAGUCAACAGGUAACACAUGGGUCACUAGAGGUGACAACCAAGAGCACGAUUCCUCGAUUGGUGUCCCCUUGCAAGUUAGAAGCUCAUGCAGCAGAGGUGUAUACACGGACGAUAUUUUUCGAAAUUCAGAAAGAGUUAAGAAAGGCUGUUUGGCUUUGUGGCUGGGAUGGAUUCACCGACGUUAGUGAAACCAGAGUGUACACCAUUACUCACAAGAACAAGGCUUCGAUGGUCACAACAAAGUACACGGUGAUUAAGAACAAGAUGGAAAACUCCUACGAUUGCAGUUGCAAUUGUUUUGUUCGUAAUGGGAUUUUAUGUCGUCACGCUCUGAAGGUGAUGUUAAAUGACGAGGUUGACAGAAUCCCCGAUAAAUAUAUACUUCGUCGUUGGCGACGCGAUCUAGUUCCCGUGGAGUGGUUACCAGCACGUUUCAGAUAUGGUGAAGUUGAUGCAGAGAAAGAGAGAUUGAUGAGUUUGGCUUAUUCAUAUUUUGAACGUAUCUUAGGUAGAGUCCGAAAUGAAAAAGACAUUUUGUCAAGAUUUGUUGACCAACUCGAACAAUGGGAUUCAAAGGUUGACAUUGAACUUCCUUUACAGUCACACACUGAAGAGACCACAUCGUCUAUUAAAGAGUUUCUUGGAGUAUCUCAACCCGAAACUGUUGAUGUUCUUCCUCCCACCGGUAUUCGAAACAAAGGUUGUGGWACUGGUAAGAGACUUAUUAGCGCUGCAGAGAAAGCAAUUUCAAACGGAAAAAAGCAGAAGAGAAAGUGUCGACUAUGUGGUCAGAUGGCUACACAUGAUUCUCGGAAUUGUCCGAAGCGUGAUUACAUUUAA